AUGACGAAAAAUCAGAUCGACUGUGUCCUGUUCGGUAAAUGCCGCAUCAUCCGAGGCAUAACACUAGCGUCAUCAUUUAACACCUGCAGUGAGCACAUAACUGUGCAGACCAGGCCAACGUUCGAGGAGAAGAUCGAGAAGGCACUGCAGAUGACAAGUUGUAGACCACUAACGACGGUAUUCGACGAGGCGGUGCUCAAAACUCGCAUUUCCAGCAAAGACUGGAGUCUGAAAGGAAGCAGCGAUGAUCAUCGUUGA